GCGUGAUGUCACCAGUAGCAGAACUGUUGUAAUUGACUUGGAGGGGGUGAUGGCGUCAUUUCAUGCCCCGGUGUAGCCUCCCGUGCUCGGAAAGAGAGGGGAGUAGGAUAUUAGGCCGACGUGAUCGUGGCUCCCUUGGCCGGGAUCAAGCACCGCCAAGCCGGACAACUCACCCGGGAAAUAUGGAGGCUGCGGCCGAGGAGCUGCGGGCCGGCUCUCGGCUACCUGUCACUAUCGAUCAUGUUAUUAACGAUACACUGGUCGUGACGUUAACCUUUCGAGAAAGAAGCUACACAGGGAUAUUACUCGACUCCAACAAAAAGACCGGGCUGUUUUGUCUACCGGACGUCACCGGGCGUCUAGCGGAUCUCACAACCAAACCAGACAUAUUCAAGUUGGGUUGUGAAAUCCCUCAAGUUCUGAGUGAGGACCCCGUAUUGAUCGAUCCGAUCGAGGCGUUACUCAUGCCAAAGGACGAAAACACACUUCCUGAGGACGAUGCAGCCAGCAUACCAGCCCCGUGCCCUGUGCCCACGCCGGUACUGGCUGGAAAGACUCCUUACCCUCCUUAUUUUGAAGGAGCCCCUUUCCCGCAGCCCCUGUGGGUGCGCCACAGCUACAGCCAAUGGGUGCCCCAGCCUCCCCCGAGAUCGAUCAAGAGGAAGAAGAGGCGGACCCGAGAGCCCGGCCGCAUGACCAUGAGCACGAUACGUCUACGGCCGCGUCAGGUGCUGUGCGAGAAGUGUAAAAACACGCUGAACAGUGACGAGGACAGCAAGGACGGCACCGGCAGCAGUACCAAGGGCUCCAGGAAGGAAAACACUCUGCAGAGCGACGACGACGGCAGGGAGCCCCCCACCAAGAUGGUGAGGAAAGAGGACACCGGCAAGGACGCAAAGAGACGAGAGAACGGGCCCGGCAUCGACAACAGGCGCCUCAGGAGGGACAAGAGGGUGGAGGUAGACGUGGAGAAGGUUCCCGGUGUGGUCAUCCCGCACAGCCCCGUCAUCAAGAUCUCGUACAGCACUCCACAGGGCAAGGGGGAGGUCAUGAAGAUCCCCUCGCGGGUCCACGGCUCGGUCAAGCCGUUCUGCCCGAAGCAGUUGGUGCACAACGGCCUCGGGGAGGACGUCAAGCCGGCCUCCGAUCCCACCAGGGAUCAGCGCCACAUCCUGAACGCCACCAGGUCGGGCCUCACCGUGUCCAUUCCCAAACUCAAACUCACCAGGCCCUACACCACCGUCGGCCCAGAGCACCUGCCCUCUCCAAAGAUCCUCCUGAGGCACCCACCGAGGGAGGAGGACGAGAGCACGGUGGAGUACGAGGCGGAGCUCGUCGGGGGAAACCGGAUGCACAGCCCACGGGCGCCUGCCCCCUGCCUCCCCGACUCUGAAGACUCCCGGGAGGACAAGAACUCUCUGGCGAUCUGGUCGGGGAGUUCCGGAGAGGAGGCCGGACGGGGCCACGGCGACCUCACCCUCCUCAUUAACUUCCGCAAGCGCAAGGCGGACUCGUCCAGCCUGUCCGUGUGCAGCAGCGACAGCCUGGACGAGUCCAAGUCCUUCAGCUCCGAGGGCACCUCGCCGGAGCUCUGCGACCUGGCGCCGGGCGAGGACCUGUCGGUGACCUCGUCCUCCGUGCCGUCGCUGGACGGCUGCAAGACGGUGCCGCCCAUCACGGUGCGGCUGCACACCCGCAGCAUGACCAAGUGCAUCACGGAGGAGGGCCACGCCGUGGCGGUGGGGGACAUUGUGUGGGGGAAGAUCCACGGGUUCCCCUGGUGGCCGGCCCGGGUGCUCAACAUCAGCGGCAGCCACAAGGCGGAGACGGCCAGCUGCGAGGCCAGGUGGCCCGAGGCCAAGGUGGCGUGGUUCGGCUCGCCCACCACCUCGCAGCUGUCCGUCGCCAAGCUUUCGCCGUUCAGGGAGCUCUUCCGGUCCCGGUUCAACCGCAAGAAGAAGGGCAUGUACCGGAGAGCCAUCCUGGAGGCGGCCAAGGCGGUGGGCCACGUGGACCAAGAGAUCACAUCACUGCUCUCCCACUGUGAAACGUAGGGGCUAGGAGCAGAGGAUCUGUCUCUUGAGGUUUUCCUGAACUCUGUCAUCAAAACCCAGGAGGGUAGUGCGUGCCGUUGCCACGGCUACUAUUUAUAGGCCUUCCCUUUUUUUUCUCUUUUUUUCUCUUUUCCUUUUUUUUCUCCCACCAAGCUGGAAGAAAAUGGCCACCAAGGUGGAGCGUUGUUGAGACUGAAUACGGGAGCAAAGAGGACCGGUCGGAGGCCCGCUGCUCUUCUCUGAACUAUUCCACUUUUUUUUUCUAUGUUCUAGAGUUAAGAGGAAUAGCGACACUACAAGAACAUGAAUGUAUUUAUUACUUGUUUAUUAUCAUUGUUGUUAUUGUUAUUAUUAUUAUUAUUAUUAUUAUUAUUACUACUACUACCAUCCAUUAGUUCCACCAUUCUUCCAUGGUCAUAAACAGAACCUAUGAGUUGCUGCUGCUGCUGUCCCAAACCAUCCUGAACAAUCGCCGUGUCCGACUCAAGUCCAAAGUCCGAAAGAAAGACGCAAACACAGUCCGAUGUGCUAGGCUAAUGUUGCCUGAAAUUGCAGUUCUCUGGACCAUAGACACCCUAUCCCCUCACCCAAGGACUGUUGAGGUAGGCUACAAUACAUUAACAAAGGAAAGGUCUUGGUGAGAUCCAGUUUGCAAACGGCCAACGUUUCCACCCCAGCCUCCUCCUGUCCUCUGGGUGUGUCUCUCAGACGGUAUUAGUGAUAUCAUGUUUGUGAUGUGUUUUAAAGGGGCGAUACCAGUGCCCAAGGUCAACAGCAGGUUCCUCUGUGCCCUCCUCCACUCCUUCCCAUCCAUCCCCCCCCCUUCACACCUUUUUUGUUUUAUAUAAAGUUUAUUUUCUGCACCACUUAAAUUAUUGAAUGCAUCAUGUCGAGAACAAAGCACUUUAUCUGUACCAUGGUGGCCUGCUGUGAGCUCUGUGUCACUGACACUAGCGUAAUAUACAGCCCUGGUAGACAUGUGGGGUGGGGUGGGUUAGGGUGGGGGGUCGGCUAACUAUGUAUGGCCUUGAAGAUAAUCCGUUUUUUGUUUUUUAAGGCAUUGUUUUGAAUAAUGGGAUAGUAGAUCGUAGACCAGACAACUGUUGGCGGUUGGUUGUGUACACUGUAUUCUAGACUUGGGUGGCAUGUCUCUCCUUCUUGUGUCUCCCGUCUGUCUGUCUGUCUGACACACACACACACACACACACGUACACACACACACACACACACGUACACACACACACGCGCACACACACACACACACACACACACACGUACACACACACACGUGCACACACACACACACACACACGUACACCCACACUACAAAAUCCUCCAAGUAAAUUUUCUCAGUGCUGUUGGGAGAUUGAAACUCGGGACAGGCAAUGUGUCACAGCCCCCUAUGCAUCCCCCGUUAAAAGUUUUAGAUGAAUGCCUAUAGGACAACAUGUUGUUGUGGAAUACUGUGAAUUCAACUGCCUAGCGUGCAGAGCGAGGGCGAGAGAGAGAGAUGUAUUGGUCGGGGGGGGAUGUGCUCGAUACUGGCUUAUUUCCGCCUGUACUUAUUGAGCCCCUGCAAGGGGUAAGACUGCAAAGGCUGUCCUUCGGUGACCUUUGGCUUAAAAGCAACAGUCAUGGAACUGAUGAGUGGCGGGGGAGGGGUGGUGAGUGGAUGACUGGUUGAGGCAGAGAGCAGGGCCGGUCCUAGCACAGCCCUCACAAUGCAGUCUGGCUUUCAGAAGUACAAGGAAAAACUGAAUAUUGCACACAAUCAGCCAGCCUUCCUACUUUAUUUCUGUUGGCCCUUUACGCCCCGCCUCCCGAGAUAAUUCUAUUUUGGAUUUUUUUAUUUUUUUUAAGCAAGUGGAGAUGGGGACGAGAUGUGUGAACGCUAGCUGACUGACCGUCCUGUGGUGCUGUUCCAGUGGCUUGGCUAGCUAGGUUUUUUUCCCAGGGCUGCCCAUUGCCUCAGGGGGCCUCGCCCCCCAUCCCUCUCCUCCUUGCACCCUUAACCCGUUAUCCCUCUUACGGUAUGAUAGAGAGGCAAAACGGUCAUCAGGAUAUUCACGUGUGUGAGCUACAUGGCCGUUUAACAUUGCCGCCGUUGGGUCAAUGCUAUUGGCCAUUCUGAGUUGUUUCGUUGUCGUUUUUUUUUUUACAUGUACUGUACAUAGAAAAUAAAAUAUACAAGCAAUA